AUGACAAUGGCCAUCCUGCAUAACACAGCCAUGCUCAAGUCCCUGCUGCUGUUGAUGUUGGAGCUCACCCUCCUGUGGGAUGUGGCAGCUGGGAAAAACCUCAAAACAGGGGACACUGCUCCCCAAAAGCCUGGGACCUGUCCUCCUUUGGAGGACAACAGUGUGAGGGUUGACAUUCGCAUUCUCAAUCAAAACCAGGGGGUUCACAUCUCACAUGACUUCCAGAACCGCUCCAGCUCCCCCUGGGAUUACAACAUCACUCGGGACCCCCACCGGUUCCCCUCGGAAAUUGCAGAGGCCCGGUGCAGGCACAUGGGCUGCAUCAAUGCUCAGGGGCAGGAAGACAGUUCCAUGAACUCUGUACCCAUCCAGCAGGAGUUCCUGGUCCUUCGGAGGGAGCCCCGGGGCUGCUCCAGCUCCUUCCAGCUGGAGAAGGUCAGGGUGACUGUUGGCUGCACCUGCGUCACCCCCAUCAUCCGCCAUGUGGCCUGAGAGCUGCACAUCAACUCAGCUGCAGAGGCUGUAGAAACGUCACUCUUUACCCUGCACUCUGCAAUAAGUCCUGUCUGCUGCCUG